AUGCGGAUUUGUGAUACGUCAUCGGGCGCUUCCACUGAUGCGGUCGGGCGGUGUUCGCGCCAAAUCUUGCUUUUAGUGCGAGAGAAGGCGCCAGAUAUCGCAGCGCUAAUGCAGUACCCCGACAAGGCGAGAGGCAGUUCGGACAGCUCAGGGAAGGACGAGUGUGGGAGCACCAGCUCGCGCAAGGUUGAUACAGAUGAAGCAAAGGAUGACUCAGUUGGCUCCCCAGAUGAUUGCACAAUGGACGACAUCGACGAGGGAGACACGAGCAUCCGGCCCGUGGACCUGCGGGCUGUCGUCACCGGGCACGUAAGAAAUCGUGGUGACGAUCCUGUGCCAGCGAUGGAUUCUGAUGACGAAGAUUCCCCAGUGCCACAAAGAGGACCUUUUCAUACCUCCGCCUCUUCUUCGGCCCUCUCAACUUUGCCGGGGCACGAAGAAGCGACUGGUGAUUUCGCUCUUGCUGGCAGCAGGGAGGAACAGACCACGACCAGGGAUUCAGACUUUGGAGAGGGAGGAGAUGGCCUGACGCACCAUCCUCUAUUCAACGAGAACCUGCUGACGAUGGAUGAGUUCGUCCAUUACGGCGUCAGUUGUGACGGUUGUGGGAAAAUGCCUAUAGUCGGCAGGAGACACACAUGUGUCGACUGCGGGAAAGCAUCUUGCGACUUCGAUUUAUGCGGCGCAUGCCAAGACGCUGGCUACAGUAGACCUGGCCGAUUCAAUCAAAACCACUCGGCUGAUCACGAAGUGCGGCUCGUGGAGCAGUCAGCAGCAGAAUGGUGGAUUCAAAGCCUGAACCGCAUGCGGAAGAUCCACCCCGAACUUAGUGUCCACCAAAUACUCCAGUGGAUCCUGAUGCAUUACCAGGAUGUCUGGGUCGCGGAUAACCAGCAAGGCGAAGAGACUGCGAUGGAGAGCGGCACUGAUAUUGCUGGGAACGAUGCGGUUGCUGCGUAA